AUGAGUACUGGGCUAUCAGACGGCGCAGGUGAGUGCAUCGCGUAUCGUACUCGUCCCGCGCAGCAGACGAGUCCAUCGUGCUCGUCCCUUAGCAGACGAAACCAUCGUGCUCGUCCUCGCGGCAGAGGAUUCCAUCGUUCCCGUGCCUACGGCCCCAAAGAUAAACUAACGAACCCAUUAGGAUCCAACGAUCGACCCAGCACGAAACCCGCCGACGCGGACGUGCGCCGCGCGCUCGCGAGCGGGGACAAGCCGUGCGGGUAUGGCGGGGGAUAUUGUGUAGUUGGCUAG